AUGCUGCAGCUGCCAUAUAAUUUAUAGCCUUUUCUCAUAGCAGCUGGAAUAAUGAAUUGAAGAAAUUUAAAUCUACAUGAAAAGCUACAUACUAAUAGUCACACAAUGCUGAUGUUUUUAACAUGUACAAUUUGAGAAAAAGUAUAAAACAGAAGUAACAGUAACAAUAAUUUGGGGUUUGAUGUUAUAUUCGUUACUUAGCCAAUCGUUAGAUUCAAUCACCAUUGUAGCACAAUUAAUUGUAAUGUUUUUUUCCUCAGUUUGUCAGAACGAAAGUGGCAGACUUGUUACUUAGUGUUCAGAUGACACUAUUUAGUGAAAAUUUCUAUUUGGGUCAUAUAUUCCUAAACGUAUGCUAGAAUCUGUGUUUCCUAAGUACGGUAUUCACUCUGGUGUGUGAACUGACAGCCAUACAUACUCCUCAAAACAAUAGAUUCAUCUGAAUGCUGGAGCCAAACUGGUCACAACCCACGCAAGGAAGAUAAUUCCACAAAUAACAACAAAUGCAGGUUUCAAAUAGAAAUGGUGACAAAACGGCAAAACUUAUGGACUGCAGCUUUAAUGUGAGUUAGUUGACAUAUUAGUUGCAAAUUAAUUGGAUUAAGUUGACAUGUAGUUGAAAAUUAACGCAAGUUAGUCGACAUGCAGAUGCAAAUUAAUGAGAGUUAGUUGACAUGCAAAUGAACAGGACUUGUUAACUUAGUUAAUUUGAGGUUGUAAAUAAACGGUAAUUAGUUGACAUGUAGUUGCAAAAUAAUGGUAGUUAGUUGACAAAUACAGUAGCUGAAGUAGUUAUAAAAAAAAAAUAAAGUUUGUUGAUAUAAUGUUGAAAAGUUACUCAUAGUUAGUAAAAUUUCUAAAAUUCUAAUAAUGUUAAUGUUCUACUCACUUUUGCAUGUGUGUAUGUGUUCAUAUGUGUACAGGACCCAAUGGACCCGCUCAAGACCGUAAUAGUGAUUCGGUCGUUAGUUCCCAAUGGCAUAGCAGAGCAAGACGGAUGCUUGUUGCCAGGAGACCGUCUCAUGUAUGUCAACAACAUCAACCUGGGAAGCGCCAGUUUGGAGGAAGCAGUGCAGGCUCUGAAGGGAGCGGACCUUGGCACCGUCCGCAUCGGAUUGGCCAAACCCCUGCCAAUCGACUGCAGUGAUUUGGAGCUGUCUGAUGAAAAGGCAUUUGAGCAUCAUUUUCUGGAGGAGGAGGAGGAGGAGGAGGAGGAAGAGGUGCUGCAGUCGAUGAUUGCUGAACACAGCAGCGCUGAUCUGACCUAUCUGAUGAGUGACCCCGCCUCCACACAGAAGGAGGAGGAUUUUCCUCCAGAUGAACUAAACGCCGGCGCGGCGGGGAGCAGCUUUGAGAGGACUGUCACUGUGGUCAAGGACACCUUCAGUCUUGGUCUGAGCACCACAACAUGUUCCACACACAGAAGCACACUUUACUAGGCUUUUAAAAAAGAAUACUUAUUACGGAAAUAAUAUACUCUAAAAGAAUAGACUUAAGUGUGACCAGAAUGUAAUGUUUUCAGACACUUAACUGCAUGUUAAUUGCAAUAAAAAUAAAAAUGUAUUAUAGUUUAAAUUUAUAUUUAAUCCAAUUAGUUUAACUUUAGAAGGAUUUUGACCCACUUUCAUUGGACUUAAGUACACAUGUAUAUGUCAUUUUUAAGAGGUAUACUUAUUUUUUAAGUUAUAUGUAACUUCAGUUCAGAUUACAUUUACUGUGAUGUUAAUCUGUCAAUGUUUAGAAUAGA